AUGGACGACGACAGCCGCAUGAGUGAGACGUCGAGCGUUCGCAACCGCGGGCAGCGGCGAGCAGCGUCACCACUGGGAGAUUUGGACGCCGCGGUCUCGCUCUCUGCGUCGCACAUCCGGCCGAAACUGCGUUGCAACGCGUGCUGGGAGCCGAUCCUUCCCGACGCGCAGUCUGCCGAGACGUGCUACCGGACGAGCUGCGGGCAUUUGUUCUGCGAAAAAUGCGCAUAUAAGCAUUUCGGCCAGGGAAGGCUGCAGUGUCCUACAUGCAGCGUCGAUCUUAACCAAGCGCGUGGCGGGAUCUCGGAGACCACAAUACAUGGCGUAGCGGAUUCCAAAAGGACUGAGGUGCUGCAUUACCGAGCUUGUUAA